AGGCCGGGCCGGCAGGCCGGGGAGGCAGUGAGGGGGAGUCAUGGCCAACCUGUCGCAGUGCCUGGAGGAGGGCGCCGGGCGCUGGCCGCCGCGCCCGGCCGGGCUGGAGCUGGGGCUGUACAGCGAGGCGCAGCGGCUGGCGCUGGAGGAGCUGGUGGCGGGCGGCCCCGAGGCGCUGCGGGCCUUCCUGCGGCGGGAGCAGCUGCCGCCCUUCCUCUCGGAGCCCGAGGUGCGGGCCAUCGCGCGGGGCGCCGUGCCGCCCGCCGCGGCCGAGGAGGAGCCGCCGUCGCUGGGCGCCUCGCCGGCCGCCUCCUCGCUCACCUACUUCCCCGAGCGCUCGGACGUGGAGCCGCCGGCGCUGGAGCUGGGCUGGCCGGGCUUUGCCGACGGCGCGUUCCGCGGGCUGACGCGGGUGGAGGCGCACUUCCAGCCGGGCUGCGGGGAGAGCGGCUGCGGCUGCAAGGAGGCGGUGCGGCGGCAGAUCCGCUCCGCGCGGCAGGUAAUUGCCAUUGUGAUGGAUUCCUUCACAGAUACUGAUAUUUUCAGUGACCUUCAGGAUGCCUACAACAACCGCAAGGUCCCUGUCUAUAUCCUUCUUGACCAGGGCUUUCUACCCUACUUCUUGGACAUGUGCAAGAAUUUAGGAGUCUGUCCCGAGCAGGAAAGUCUGAUGAGAGUUCGAACUCUCACUGGGAACACAUACUACACGAGGUCAGGUGCCAAAAUCGUUGGGAAAGUCCACGAGAAGUUCAUGUUAAUCGAUGGCAUUAGAGUGACAACAGGCUCCUACAGCUUCACAUGGACCGAUGGGAAGCUGAACAGCUGUAACUUGCUGCUGUUGUCAGGUCAAGUGGUUGAACACUUUGACCUCCAGUUCAGAAUUCUUUAUGCCCAGUCCAACCCUAUCAGCCCUAAACGCCUGUCAAGCUCCAGGAACAGUGGAAUGUUUGAUCAUCUGGUGAGCAGAACAGAGUCCUCUAAAGAAUACUCCGUAAAAAACAAUUUGAGAGCAGAAUUUGCCAGGAUGUCCAGUACUCCCAAGAAAAUGUUAAAAGGACUAGAUCUGGCUGAAGAUAAUCCCAGAGGCAAACCUUGUAACCUGGGACAUUCUUGCAUCAGUGAAGUGGAGUGGUUCAGUGAUCAGGAGGCCACAGUGGAGCGAAAGAAUGCAUCAACUCAAACUGGCUGGUGGGAAGAGAAGCCCGUAGUGACUGCGUGUAAUGCUGUCACACAGACCAACGUUUUAACAGAUGAAAUGGGCACUCAAACUUCUGUUGAUGCUAGAAUGACGGGGACUCAGACUUCAGUUUUGCUGAAGACUGCAGUGACACAGACAAAGGAAGAAGAGCAUGCAGAAACACCCCUGCUUUACAGAAGGGCAUCAAAAGAAGAAUGCUUUCCACCUGGAAAGUCUGUAUCAAAUUCUAGCCUGCGAUCACUGUCUUCAUCGUCCCAGUGUUCUCUUACGAGCUCUACCAGCUCAAUCUCUUCUAUUCGUUCCGUUGAAUACUCCAGCAGUCACAGGGCAGAGUAUUUCCAGAAACUGCAUAAGGAGAGGCAAUUCCACUACUCCACCAUCAGGUCGAAGUUCAGCCACAUGGUGGAUAUCCUGUCCCGAAGGAGACGUGUGCCUGAAAACUACAUGAACCACUACACUGGAAGAUGCAAUCUAAAUCAGAGGCGAGACAUCAGUACCAGCCUGCGCAGCCUCCGAGAUGUUUCACUCUUUUCUCUGAAUAAAUGACUGCUGUACUGAAUGCAGAGCACGAACGUUUGGGUUUCAAAAUGCACUGAUUAUCUGCUGGUUCUUCUAAUUCCUUCUGGUACUUGUACAUAUACCAACAAGAGUAAAUCCCUUUCCAGCACUUUUAUACUAUGCAAUUUAAGUAAUAAAAACCAGGUUUUUAUUUAUACC